UAACCCUAAAGGCGGCGCCUUCCCGGUCACGCCCUAUAAAUUGGCCUACCGCAGGUCAAUCCGGCACAGAACUGUUCCAACGGCCGUUGUCGUAGCGACUCGUCUACUCCGCUCCAAACACAAAUCCAACGAAAAUGAAGGUCGCCGUCCUGAUGUGCCUCUUGGGUGUUGCCCUUUGCGCUCCUCAGCUGCCCCUAGACUCCGAUGAGGUCGAAUCAGUGGAGCCCUACGACUUCGGCUUCGUUGUCGAGGACGACGAGAACACCGUGUACUCCAACCGCCAGGAGACCCAGGACGUGCAGGGUGUCGUCCAGGGCGAGUACUCCUGGGUCGCUGCCAACGGCAUCCGUUACAUCACCUCUUACACCGCCGACGCCGCCAACGGCUUCAACGCCGUCACCCGCGAGGAGCAGACCGGCAUUGAAAUCAAGCUUCCCGAACCCUACGAUUCCGACGAGAGGGCCUAAGGAACUCGUCUCACCUCCUGUGAACACGUCUGAGAUGAGAACUGCAACUAACAGGAAUCAACGAGCUUUCCCUCCUCUCUUCACGAAGCUCAUCUGUUUUUCCAACGAAUGUCUCUUUCUGCCGUCUUGCUAAAGGCUUCCCAUUUCCUCCCUUCAUGAAGCUCAUCUGUUUCUGUGAUCUUACUGGGACUGUCUCUUUCCCGCCUUUUUUAUCUAUGAAUUUCCACUCCCUCUCCACCUCGACUUCUUUUCGCUGGCGUGCCAUGAUUUCUGUGAUAUUCUCAGAAAUGUAUUUAUACUUAACUUUAUGAAUUUACUCAUAAGCCCUACAUUCUAUUACAGAGAAUGAAAACCCUAUCUCUCUCACUCUCUCUCCCUGCUAAGCUAUCAGUCGGUUGUGAUUCAUAAGCUUUGAAAUACGGUGCUCGGCAUCCACUAUUCUAUGAAGGAAAAGACGUUGCUUGUAUAUAAUGUAAAUCUCAUAUCUCGACAGUUCACGGAAGAAGCAGCUCAAUAAGCGCCUAUUAUUCGUCUUCUUUCUUUUUUUUACUUUUUCCUUCUUAUUUGCCCUUCAAGAUUUUCCAAACCUCCCUUUCAUCUCUCCCUGUAUCUCAAAUCCACUGAGUGCUAUACUUCAUGAGUCCUACUUUCUCUUCUUUAUAGAAUCUUUGAAUCUUUUGAAACUUAUUUAUGAUCUGACAUUUCUUUAAAUUAUUUCACGUUGCAUGACACCUUUGUUGAUGUUGUUUUUGUUCAUUCAUUGCAACUCUGCUCCACCACUCUGAUUUCUAGAUGUUCAACGGUUGGCUUAGCUUUUACAUGGCUCAUGUACAACUAGUACAAAUAAAACAAUUUCUCCGUU